GCCCAUCGCCCCGGAAGGACUGGCGUCGUCUGCACUUCCGCUUCCGGCCAACGUCGGAGAGCGCGCCUUUGGGACGGCGAGGGAAGGCCAGGCCAGGCGGCGGAGCGGCUGAGGCCCCCUCGACACACCGCCGCCAUGACGGUGGGCAAGAGCAGCAAGAUGCUGCAGCACAUCGACUACCGCAUGCGGUGCAUCCUGCAGGACGGGCGCGUCUUCAUCGGCACCUUCAAGGCCUUCGACAAGCACAUGAACCUCAUCCUCUGCGACUGCGACGAGUUCCGCAAGAUCAAGCCGAAGAACUCCAAGCAGCCCGAGCGGGAGGAGAAGCGCGUGCUGGGCCUGGUGCUGCUGCGGGGGGAGAACCUGGUCUCCAUGACUGUGGAAGGGCCGCCCCCCAAAGACACUGGAAUUGCCCGCGUGCCCCUGGCAGGUGCAGCAGGUGGGCCUGGUGUCGGCAGAGCUGCUGGGAGAGGCGUGCCAGCGGGGGCACCCAUGCCCCAGGCACCAGCAGGGUUGGCUGGUCCGGUUCGAGGAGUGGGCGGACCAUCCCAACAGGUACGUAGC